AUGUUCAAAUUCGCCGUUGUCAUUUUCGCUGUCAUUGCCUGUGCUGCCGCCAAGCCCGGUUUGGUUACUCCUUUGGCAUACACCGCACCCGCUGCUAUUGUUGCUGCUGCCCCAGCACCCUUUGUGACUGCCACCAGUAGCCAAUAUGUUGCCCGCAAUUACAAUGGUAUUGCCACUGCUCCAAUUGUUGCUCCCGUUGCUGCCCCUGUUGUCGCUAAAACUUUCGCCGCUCCAGUAGCUGCUGCUUACACCACCCCUCUUGCUGCUGCUUACUCGACCCCUGUUGUUGCCAAAUACGCAGCCACCUAUGCUGCUCCUUUCGCUUACUCUGCACCCUUGACUUAUGCUGCUGCCCCAGCUCCAAUGUUCAAAUUCGCUGUUGCCAUCUUCGCCAUGAUUGCUUGUGCUGCCGCCAAGCCCGGUUUGGUUGCUCCUUUGGCAUACACCGCACCCGCUCAUGUUGUUGCUGCCCCAGCUCCCUUUGUGACUGCCACCAGUAGCCAAUAUGUUGCCCGUAACUACAAUGGUGUUGCCACUGCUCCAGUUGUUGCUCCCGUCGCCGCUCCUGUUUUAGCUAAAACUUUCGCCACUCCAGUUGUUGCCAAGACCUUUGCUGCUCCAGUUGCCGCUGCUUACACCACCCCUGUUGCUGCUGCUUACUCCACUCCAGUUGUUGCUAAAUACGCAGCCACCUAUGCUGCUCCUUUCGCCUACUCCUCACCCUUAUCUUAUGCUUCUCCAGUUUUGUUCUAA